AAGCUUUGGUCUAAUGGAGAUAGGACUAGUAUCGAUACUGAGAUCAGCAUGGAUCGCAGCAAUCAUGCCUAUUCUUCUCGCCUCGGUCCCCUGUGCUCGUCUUAGUUCCUUCCAUCGAGUUGUAUUGACAUUUGCUAGCAGAGGGAAGAUCGUGCAAUCUUCGUCACGGAAAUUCACUGUUCCCCAGAGGUUUUUCCUGCAUUUUUACGUGGUGGCUGUGGCAGUGACAACCGUUUUGUUACUUAUGACUUGGUUCUAUGCGUAUUGGAUGGUGCCAUUCAGUUCCGAGUCUUUUCAUUUUUCUACAGUUGCAAGCCACUUGACUGGAGGUUCACAUAUCUUAUCCAUGCAUAAGUCUCUUCCAACUCCGGAAGAGCAUAGAUACAGGUUAUGCAAAACCUUGUUUUUGCUUUUACUGAUGGAAGUCCAAGUCCUGAGACGCCUCUAUGAGACAGUAGAUGUUUUUAGCUACAGCCCUUCAGCUCGGAUGCAUAUUUUUGGCUACUUAACUGGGCUUUAUUUCUAUGCAGCAGCGCCACUAUCAUUUUGUUGCAUUUGUGCACCAGAGGUGUUUAGCUUUGCUGCUCAUCAGGUGGUUGAGUUCAUUCUUAAAGGUCGGGAUCGCAUGCCCAACAUUGAAUUUGAUUGGUGGGGAUACGUGAAGCCUCUCACAAAGCUUGGAUGGUGCCAGUGGAUUGGUGCAACUAUUUUUAUUUGGGGAUGGAUUCAUCAGAGCCAUUGCCAUUCAAUUCUUGGCUCAUUGCGGGAACAUAGUGAAAAAACAGAUGAAUAUGUAAUCCCUCAUGGUGAUUGGUUUGAAUUUGUUUCCUGUCCACAUUAUCUGUCUGAAAUUGUUAUAUAUGCUGGUCUUCUGGUUGCUAGUGGAGGUUCAGAUUUAACAAUUUGGCUGCUUUUCAUCUUUGUGGUGGCAAAUCUCACCUUUGCAGCAGCAGAGACUCAUAGGUGGUACUCCCAAAAUUUUGAUAACUACCCACGUAAUCGGCAUGCCAUUAUUCCCUAUAUUUACUAGAGAUGUUGAUAUUUGAACAGCACUAGAUAGUGUACAAAAGAAACUAUAUAAGGUGGUUAGUGCUUUAGGUAGAGAUGAACUGUGUUUCAUUUGCUGUCGUACCUUAUCUGUAAUGUAGAAAGUAGGGUGUAACUUAAGAUUGGAAAGUGUAAACAAU